AUGGCGACCCCAACCGCACCUCUGCCCAAGUGCGUCCUCGGACGGCACCGUCUCUUGUCACCCACUGCCAGCGUGCAUGUCAGCCCACUAUGCCUGGGGGGAUUGAGCAUCGGCGACGCCUGGGCCAACGCCAUGGGUGAAAUGUCCGAGGAAGCGGCCUUUGAGCUGCUGGAUCACUUCUACGAAAUGGGCGGGAACUUUAUCGACCUCGCAAACAACUACCAAGCCGAGCAAUCCGAGAUCUGGGUGGGUGAGUGGCUGGCAUCGCGCGGCCCGCACCGGCGCGACGAAAUGGUCAUCACCUCCAAGUUCGCGUCGGCGUACAAAGUCUUCAGCGAGCCCGGGCUCCAGCAGAGCAACUUUGGCGGCAACGGCUCCAAGUCGCUGCAUUUGUCGGUCGAGGCGUCGCUGGCCAAGCUGCAGACCUCGUACCUCGACCUCCUGUACGUGCACUACUGGGACUUCACCACGGGCGUGAAGGAGCUGAUGCAGAGCCUCAACUACCUCGUGCAGCAGCGCAAGGUGCUCUACCUGGGCGUCAGCGACACGCCGGCCUGGGUCGUCGUCAAGGCCAACGCGUACGCACGCCACCUCGGCCUGCGGCCCUUCAGCGUCUAUCGGGGGAGAUGGUCCGCCGCGGAGCGCGAUCUCGAGAGGGACAUCGUCCCCAUGUGUAAGGAUGAAGGGAUGGAUAUUACCGUGUGGGGAGGCCUGGGGAGUGGUUAA